AAGAAAGUCAAUCUUGCAUAUCUUGUGACGUUUUCCAAUUGAAAAAAAAACCUGGUCUGGCACUCAGUAAUGACUCAAUAGCAGUGACGAAUAACUUGCUCACUUAGUAGCCCAUAAAGGUGUAGUCCUCUAAGUUGCGUAAGUCAGACAAGUCAAAAACGAAGUAGACGCAUUGGUUAGUGUGUUAUGGUAUCUUGAACAAAUGACUAUAUACCAUACACAGCAGUCUGAAUCCUUCGCUUGGAGUCAUUGAAAGCAAACAAUUACAUUUAUUAACCUCGGGCAGGAUAUACACUGUUAGCUGAAACCAAAGUUUACGCCCACGACACUUCAAAAACAGGCACGAUUAUCAAAUCACUUACGUCUGCAAGAGGUCACGAAGGACAUCAUUGAAGUCAGUCAUAAUGAGUGAAGUAGGCACGUAAACAGCAAAACUGCAGUUAACAAGAAAAGAUAUUCCUCCGUUUUUUGAAAACGCAGUUACCAAAACAAUGUCGCAUUUAACAGCUCCCGUGCAGCGGCCGAGGGUUUUAAGACGCAGGUCGUACUCUUUCGACUCAGCAGAAAUGGAAAUUAAACGUAUUUCCAAGACCAGYAACCUUGAAAUCUCAGCUGUUCAGUCAAUUGCAUCGAGGUUGCUUGAAGAUCAAGUCAGCCCACGUUCAAGCUUCGUGCUCAACGAGUGUGAUUACGAUGUUUCGUCGACACUCGAGGCUGAACAAGGAAAACUAAAGCAGUACUCCGAGGAAAUCAUUGCGACAGUUCUACUGGAAAAUCUUACUAAGAAAAAAUACGACUGUAAACUAUGCUCUGAACAAGCUGUUUGCAUCAGUAAAAAAGUAGAGGAGCAAGUACGAAUGAAGGUGCUUAAAGAAGGACAGAAAGUCCUCGCAGUCGUCUACAUCGGUGAAGUGCGAGAACAAGGCAUGCAGAUAUCAAGUCARUGUAUCUGGGAUCCUAAAAAAGACUUCAUGGUUUCUGCCAGUUACUCUGGAMACAACAUUUUCGCCGUCUGCUACGCCUUUGUAAUGCAGUAAUGUAAAUAUAUUCAGACUGAAUAGAAGAGGGGAGGGGUGGGGAGCGUCAUUGCGUGUGAUAUCAGGAUGAAAUUCUUUCAAAACUUUUUUAACUACGAUGCAUAAACAGAAAAAACGAAAACACCAAGGAAUAAAGUCACGUGACUCUGAAAUAAGACGUUGCCAUAUGCACAAGCGUAAUCAUAAGACCAAAGCUUCAAUCCGCCAUGUUGGAUGAAAAAAYAAUGUUCAAAUUCCCAGGAUGUAAAUCAAUAAUAUAAAUAAUAUAAAUAAUAAACUGUUUAAAGGUCCAUUGUGAACCGGCAUUCAUUGCGGUCGUGUUUUAGAGUUUUCAUAURUAGAGAAUAAAGCUUGUGAUUGAUCAAGACAACAAAACAAAGAAUUGUAGGAUUAUGUCAGACAAUGYCUAUUGUUCUACUGGACAUCUUGUUUUUUGUAUUGCCUGUCUCUCUUUGUUAUUUCAUUAUAUCACAAUCUUUGUUCUAACAGCAAUAAAAAACCCGAAUGAAGUAACUUUAAACAUCCGUUUAAGGUCACGAAUCUUACAAUAUCUCCAUUCUUAGAGCAUGAAGGGAUGAUAAAGAGUAAUUAGUUUUGCUUAUAUUACGAUGUAUUUUUAUUUUCAAAAAUAAACAAAAAUUCGCAAAUGAUGCCGGUUCACCAUGGUCUUCUAAUUGUACAACUACAAGAGAUGAUUAUUAUAACACACGAUCAAUAAUGUAAUAAUAAAGUAAUAAAAAUAAUAAUAAAUAAUAAAAAUAAAACAARGAUA